AUGAUGAUGCUCCGAGUGUCUGAUUUGGAACUUAAAAGAAACAAGUUAAAGAUUUGUAAUUUAAAAAAUUAUGAAGUUAUUCCUGAUCGUUGUGAGUGGCCAGAAAUUGCUGACUGUAGGUUAUCAGGAGAAACAACAACAGCAUCUGAUGGACAAACAACAACAGUUGAGUUGGAAGUCACCAUAGUGACAGAUGAUGGGGAAACAACUUCAAACAGUUAUGAUCCAAGAUGUCCACUUAUUAAUGAUCCUUUAAAUGUGAUUCACUUGCCACAUGAAUACGAUUGUUCAUUAUUCUAUAAAUGUGAUUGGGGACGAGCCGUUCUUCAAAAUUGCCCUGAAUAUCUUCAUUGGAGUAUUUCAGCUGAUCGUUGUGAGUGGCCAGAAAUUGCUGACUGUAGGUUAUCAGGAGAAACAACAACAGCAUCUGAUGGUCAAACAACAACGGUUGAGUUGGAAGUCACCAUAGUGACAGAUGAUGGGGAAACAAUUUCAAACAUUUGUGAUCCAAGAUGUCCCUUGAGAAAUGAAGAAGGAUCAAAAGUUGUUCACUUGCCACAUGAAUUCGACUGCACGCUGUUCUACAAGUGUGACUGGUGUCGUGCAAUUCUUCAUGAAUGUCCAGCUGGUCUUUAUUUUGAUCCCUUUCUGAGCGUAUGCAACUAUCCUGAAGAAGUCGCUUGUAGAUUUGUAGCAAUUUAA